AUGGUGUCACUAUCAGAAGAGUCCAAGGAGCGCAUUGCUAGAAUCAUUGACGUCUCGCGCGUAGCCAUACACUAUGGCUAUCUCCCCUUGAUCCUCUACCUUGGUUAUACCCACAGCGAGCCAAGGCCUUCCAUCAUCCGACUCUUCUCUCCUCUGGCAUAAACAAGGCAUAUGAUCUCUGGGAAGCGAAGGCGGCAGUGUACAAUACUCAGGCGUUCGGAAUUGGGAUGCUUAUGGUUGCACGAAUGUGGCCAGACGGAGGGAGUGCCGCUGGCCCGUCAGCGUUUGGUCGACUCUCCACUUGGGAUUCUACAGAUUUCGCCGCAUCAUCCGGCCAAGUCCUAGAAAACAUACGCACAUAGGAAACUAAGGACAGCCAAGAAAUACGCCAAUGUACAACAGCUGAGCUAUUAUCAAUAUCAAGAUCGUGCGUGAACUAUGGCGUCCGGUUCUGCAGUGACGACGAGCUUGAGGCUGAAGAGAGGGCGCCUGCGUAAUUUUAGGGUCAAAAGCGAGGCGCAAUACACAUAUUGGGACUGCCUCGUGCAUGUACAGCCCCACAGUCU